UUGAAAAAGUACGACCGUUGUAUGUUGAUUGCAUUUGCUAAAUAUCAAUUUUAUGUUAAGAAUUUGCUUAAAAUUUUCCGUGUUUCAUUUUGUCGACUGUAAUACUGUCAUGUACUGCCAUUAGAAAUAAUUAACAUUUGGUGUAUCAAUUGCUGCUUAUUUUUUUGUCGCAAUGUACUUCGACGUUGAAGAUGAUGGGGUCGACCAUGAAUUUUUGCACGUCGUUAGUCGAGAGCUCUUCGCCUUCAGUUCCAAUUUUGAAGGGGCGUAUGGCAUUCGAAGUGUACCAACACACACAGAGGAUGGCAUACCUAUCAGAAAAAUUUAUGUCACCAACCUACCACCAGAAACUACUAGAACUGAACUUUUUGGUGUGUUUGCACAAUAUGGUUUCAUAAAGAGCUGUUGGCUAAGAAUGGGUGACAAAGGACCAAAUAGGACGCCGACUCCAACAUACGCGUUCGUCACAUUUAGCAACCCAGCAGAUGCACAUAAAGCUCUACAAGCACCAUAUCAUGAAAAGACUCUCCGAGGUCGUAGUUUGAGGAUUUCGCCAGCUGACAGUUGGCACCAACCUGCAGAAGAUGCUGAUGGUAGGGUGCAAUGGCGGCCAAGCGGCCAGAGAGGUGAAGAACCACCCCCAUCAGUGCCAACAGAGGAAGUGGAACAAGACAAAGAAAACCCUCAACAAGAUGUUAAUGCAAAUGCAGAAGGGAACAAUGAUGAUAUCAAUGUAUCAAUUGUAAAUGAAGUUGAAGAGGUUGAAAACGACAGCAAUGAUAUGGAAGGUUAUGGAAUACUGGAUGUUCUCAAUCCCGAUUGUUUGUCGCACAUUAUGAGUUAUGUACCAUUAAGAGAUCUCAUUCGCUCCGAGAGAGUCAGCAAGAGAUGGCAAAUGAUGGUCCAGGAAUUCAUUGUUGGCAUUCGCAUAUAUAAGACCUCAUGGUGGCAACAUAUACCGGUUACCUUAACCACAGCAGUGUUGAGACGGGUGCUGCAGAGAGUAGGCAGUUCUCUAGUGCGGUUGCAUAUUGACCACAACUGGUCCGCACUAAAUGACCGUACUGCACACACUGUUGGCAAAUUCUGUCCCAACCUCGAAGAACUAAAGAUUGUUGGUAUGCAUACGAAAAAUUGGAACCCACUGGUUUAUGGGUGUAAAAAUUUGAAAAAGCUUAUUUUUGUCUCAUGCAAUAAGCUUACAGAUUCAAGUCUAGUACAUAUAGUCAAGAGUGACUCCCCAAUAGAGUAUUUGACCAUUGCCAACAACACACAUGUGACUGGACUAUUCCUUAAUGGGUCUAACAUUCGUAAACUGAAUGCUCUAUCGUUUUACAACUGCUGUAGUCUCCAAGGUGCGGUGCUUACUGCAGCUAUCGAUGCAAUGCCAAACUUAACUACACUGAAAUUAGAUGUUUGUCCCGUCACUAUGUGGAAGAUUGUACCACUAAUAUUGAAGAAAUUAACAAAGUUGGAAGAGUUAUCACUAAGUGAAUAUACUUCAGGGGAUGCUUACUUCAAACCUUAUGAUAACGAAUCCUUCUGUGAAGCUCUUGAUAAUUUAAAGGAGUUGAAAAUUUUGAAUUUGAGCAAAAACAUCUAUAUAACGAAUGCUGUGCUCAAACAAGUUGCUCGCUCCUGUCCUAAGCUGACUUCACUCAAUGUAUCAAGCUGUAACUCUCAGAAAAAUUUGCAAAAUCUUGGUAUGUACUUCUUUUCUUAGUAUAAGGUUGUAAUA